UUUGAAAACCGAGUAACAAGAACCGCAGGAGGACCGAUCGAGCCUCAGCUCGCCAAAUCGGAUCACCUCGAUCUCGACCUCUCCAAUGAUAUCAAAGGAAUUAUGUCGGCACUGCACCAGAUCCAAGAGAAAGCUCACAAGGACGGGCUUAAGAAGAACGAAGAGACCAUUUCAAGACAAAGUUUCGCUGCUAGCAUGUUCAAGAGACCUAAAUAUUCUGAUAACUUCAUUAAAAAUUUGUCAAACGAGACUGAAACUGCCAAGUUCCAAGGACUCUAUGAGAAGUUUUGCAAGGACCAAGCCAACCAUCUACAGGCCUUGAAAGCGUUUCUGUGUAACUGGAUUGUAAUUGUAAUUAAUAGCAUAAAUUCAAUUAGACAGGAGUCUGAUGAUGAGAAAGCCUGUACUGAUAAAAUUGCUAAACUGGAAGAGUCCUUGAAAAAGAAGAAGCAGGAUGACAGAACUUUCAGCUUUCUGAGAAAGACUCUUGGCUCAUUUACGAAGAACCUUGUCUAUAUAUGGGGGAAACUUCAUUUCCCAGGUUUUUAUUUUUAUUUUUGGAGAGGAGUGUUGGGAUCAGUUUGUAUGAUAAAUGGUAAACUGUUCUCAGGAAUUUAUUCAUUUCCCAUGAAAUCCAGAUUUAUCCCAGAUGUUUGUAUAAGAUGAGAUAUCACGACGGUCACCGUUGUCUAUUUUGUGUCGUGAUUUAACUAUUUUGUAGUAGUGGGUCUA